AUUAAUAAAAAGGGUGAUCAGAUGUAUGCAUUAUUGGCCAUUUGUAUUGCUCUUUGUCCAACUCGAUUAGAUGAGAAUAUACAUGCACAUUUGAGAGAAAAAUAUGGUGAACAAUUGAGCAAAAUGCAACGCGGGUGA